UAAGCCUGCGGAUUAGGAAAAAAAAACAAAAACAGAUGUGAUGAGAGAGACGGAAACAGAGUUAAUGUUACAGUUUAUAAAGGCAGAAAGCGCUGGGGAAACUCAGGCGGAAGAGAGAGAAAGAGAAACAAAGUUAACUUUUGAGUCCAGCGAACUCUUAGAAUCGAGAGGGGUGGGAAAAGUAGGGUUUUUAAGAGAUUGGACAGAGGAGGGGUUAAUGCGAGAGAGACAGAAGGCAUCAAUGUAGCAGGCACCAGGUCACACUGAAUUGGACUGCUGUGCUACAAAACCACGUCAGAAAUGUUGCAGAUCUCUGUGCCUCUGAUCCUCUUGAAUCUCGCUCUCUGUGGGAACACCCAAGCUGGACAUGUGGCUUUCUAUGUUAUCCCAGUUUCACCUUUGGAAGGAGAGACACUGGAACUGAAUUGUCAGGGCAAUAAUUAUUGGUGGACAAAGAAGGACUUUACCUUUUAUAGAAAUGGCAAGAAGAUCCAUUCAAUGCAGUCCAGAACAGCUAAAUCUUCAUAUCACAUUAAAGUAAACAGCACCAAUGACAGUGGAUCGUACAGUUGCAAAAUUGAUCGGUCAGAACCUCAAUAUGUUCACGUUCAAGUUCAAGAACGCUUUGCCGAGCCCGUACUGAGGGUGGAGCCGGCGGCUGAAGUAUUUGAGCGGCUCCAGGUCACGUUGAUGUGCAUUGCUCAGACAGCGCGGCCCUCCAUCCGGCUUCGCUACACAUUUUUCAGAGAUGGCAGCGCCCUGGAGUCGGCGCCGGAUGAUGGCGGUGUGUGCAUCAUCAACGCAGCGGCUCUAAACGUUUCUGGGAAUUACGCCUGCGAAGCGAUCGAGACAACUUAUGGUCUGAGGAAGAGGAGUGACAAUGUUCACCUUUCUGUUAAACAGGCGUUCGCUGUCCCUAAGCUGACCGUGCAUCCUGAGGGACAGCUAGUUGAUGGCCAAUGGUUUAAACUGUUGUGCUCGGUUGAGGAGAAUCUCUCCGAAGCUUCCUUGCGGUACGGCUUUUACAGAAAUGGGAUCCCUCUCCAGUCUCCGUCCCAACACAGCGAUUACAUCUCUGAGUCAGCUUGUCUGGCCGACUCGGGUACUUACCAUUGCGAAGUUACGGGCAGUAAAGUGCGGAAACGCAGUAAUCAGCUCCAUUUGUCCAUCAGACGAAUUCCGGUGUCAAAACCAAAACUAAUAAUUCAACCCAGAAAGAAGCUAAUCGAAGGUGAUGCAGGAAUCUUAAUCUGUUCAGUCUCCAAUGGUUCUCUGCCGAUUUAUUCCUAAUUCUACAAGGGCUCAAGCAUGAAACUGCACUGGGAACAUUCCAACAGUACCAAGCUUGUUUACAACAUUGAAGGCAUCAGCAGAAGGGACAAAGGGAUGUACCAUUGCUCGGUGAGAAAUGAAGUGACAGGCCCUCUGCACAGUGAAGAAGUAGAGAUCACAGUGAUCGUUCCUGUCACAGAUGCUGUGCUGAUAUCCCGCACCAACGGGACUGAGAUACAGCCCGGGGACCGCCUUGUUCUCCGGUGCCUGGUGAGGGAAGGCACUGAGCCCCAGUUCAUUUGGUGCCGUGACAACGUGCCGCUAAGAAACGGCAGUGCGAGCUCCCAUGUGACUGCCGAUGGUGGUGAGCUGGUUAUUCAUUCAUUCCGAAGAGACAAUGUCGGGAGCUAUCACCGUGCAGCGAUCAACGACGGAACCAACGGCACCAUUUUUAACGUGACCAGCGACUAUAUCGAAUUCACGCUACGAGCUCGGAGUUAUUCCACGGAGAUCGCGGCCUCGCACGUCCCAGUUUUGCUGUUCGGUGGCCUGAUCGCGUCGGUGUGGUUCGUCCACCGGAGGAGGGACACAGGCAAUUCCUCGACUGUGUCACAGCCCAAGAGAUCCCAAGCUUCUGGUGAAGGGGCAGCAGCCGGCAAUCUGGAGUAUGCAGUAAUUGGAGCAGCACACAAUGCUGAAAACAUGGCUGCAGAUCUGGUUUAUUCAGUGGUCACCAUCAAGAAGAGAGCAGAUGCUGACAGCAGUGUUGGCUUCUCCUCCAAUGGGAAGAAGGAUGCCAAGCCUGACCCGGACGAUUAUUGUAUCACUUAUGCCACGCUGAAACUCAGCGAGCCCUCAGAGGGAGAAGACAGAGCGGAUGGAAACGUUUAUGAGAAUAUUCUGCUCAACUAAGAGGGAAGAAAACAGAGGAGAGGCUGGUCAUUUGAUUCUUUACACUGUCUGAUUAAGAGGUGUAACGUUAUUCCCGUGUACCGUUAACAAACUUGUGAACUUUGCUGUGGAAACCGUGUUUCACAAGCUAUUUGAUUCCACUCAUUUUUGGGUGGGGAUGCUACUUUCAUGUCGUUGCAUCUGUCAAUCUAUCCUGCACCGUAUGUCCAGCUGGGUUUUGAAUUUACCAAAAUAUUCUGGCUGCUGGUGGUCAUUGGAAAUUUAAUACAUGCCUCUGCUUUACUGUCACAUACAUAUCUGAGGAUUGAGCUUUUCAGUUGGUGCCUGUUUAAGGGGAUGAAUACAUCAUCUGUCCCCUUCUGUGCAUGGAUGAGCAGGAAUCUAUCCCAUUCUAACCAACUUUGAACAGGAAUUGUCAAACAGAUCUGACAAGCGGGAGAUAUGAAAACAGAAACCAGCUAGUUUCAACGGUUACUUUCCUGGGUGAAAGAGACCUGGGGUGUGGAGUUUGAACGAGCAACUUCUGGCCCCACAGAAGGAAUAGACACUGAGCCGCAAACCACUGAAGAGCUGGAUAGACGAGGCAUGGCUGAAAGGGAGUCUCUGCAGAGAAGAGUGUCAUCUCCCAAAGAUCUGAAACCUCUGCCAGACACCUCAGCCCGGCUUUCUCAGAUUCCAAACCCCAUUGUUGGAACUGGAAUGGAUCAGAUUUCUCUCACUCCAAAUAUUUUGGAAAUGCCACAUUGUGGGGGUUGGGUUUCACAAACCUCCAAAGCGGCAGACUUCAGCUUGAACGGGGAAGCGAUGGCCUGGUGGGAUUAUUGGUGGACUGUUACUCCAGAAACCCCGGUAAUGUUCUGGGGAUCCGGGUUCGAAUCCUGCCAAGGCAGAUGUGGAAUUACGAGUCUGAUGGUGAAUUGUUGGAAAAAUCCAUCUGGUUCACUAAUGUCUUUUAGGGAAGGAAAGCGCCGUCCUCACUUGAUCUGAUCUACAUGUGACUCCAGACCCACUGCAAUAUGUUUGACUCUUAAUUGCCCCCAGGCAGCUAAGGAGGGGUGAUAAAUGCUGGCCGAGCCAGCGAUGCCCUCAUCCCAUGAGUGUAAAAACAUGGGUGUCUUAUUCUGGAGGUACGGACAAUAUCACUGCACCACAAACGGGCUCGGCUUAAUGUAAAUAUAGGCUUUCGAGUAAAUGUUAAGUUUUUAAAACCUA